GGCCAAUCGCGUUGUGCGGAGCUGAUGCCGGAUAUUUGCAUACGCGUCUGUAUAAAUAGCGGGCGCUGCGGCCAUUUUGUGUGCUGAGCUUCCUCCGGUUUAGGACAGUGCUGUCAAAAUGCCCGAGCCAGCCAAGUCCGCCCCCGCGCCCAAAAAGGGCUCCAAGAAGGCGGUGACCAAGACGCAGAAGAAGGGCGACAAGAAGCGCAAGAAGAGCCGCAAGGAGAGCUACUCCAUCUACGUGUACAAAGUGCUGAAGCAGGUGCACCCCGACACGGGCAUCUCGUCCAAGGCCAUGGGCAUCAUGAACUCCUUCGUCAACGACAUCUUCGAGCGCAUCGCGGGCGAGGCCUCCCGGCUGGCGCACUACAACAAGCGCUCCACCAUCACGUCGCGGGAGAUCCAGACGGCCGUGCGCCUGCUGCUGCCCGGCGAGCUGGCCAAGCACGCCGUCUCCGAGGGCACCAAGGCUGUCACCAAGUACACCAGCUCCAAGUAGGGCGCCUCGGACCGUCACUCUCAACCCAAAGGCUCUUUUAAGAGCCACCCACUUACUCCAUAAAAGAGCUUUAACACA